GAGCACAAUCUAGAGCUGGGUAACUGAGUCACAGCGAACAAGAUCAGCAGACUGCUGCUUCCUAGCUGUUUUAGGAGAGCGAGGAGAGAGGGAGCGCUGGGGGUGUGGCACUGUAAACUACAGGACGAGGAAGCGGAAAAUCCUCAAACAUGGUCAGGAGGGGGUUCAUGCGGAGCAGAGUUUGGCCAGUUUCAAGCAGCGCUGUCUCACUUUGUCUCAGAGGAUAUAUCAGGGGUCUCAGACUCGCUCCUGGAGGAGAUCAAGGACAACUGAAAUCAGAGGAUCUUUGAGUCAGCUUUAAAGUUCAGGCAGUAUUAAAAGGACAAACACACUCCUGGAGGGUUCAGCCGAGGGGAUUCGUGGACGUCGAGAAUGGUUUGCUGAUCCAGUUGCUGUUGCUAGAGGCUUGCGGUCACUUCCACUCGAAGACUGUCCUGCAUCGACUUAAAACUUACUCAGUUUAUGAAUCAGAGUCCCUCACACACAUAGUCAAGCCUAUAUAUAAACCUGUCAUACACGCGUACCAUACAGCAUCAUGGCCAAUAUUCAUCCAUACGGCUGCUUCACGCAUGCUGUGGUCAGAGGUAUCCCAGAAUCCUUUGGGGAGUUGGCAGAGGGCGGAGAAGGGUUCCAGACGGACCUGGCCAAGGCCCAGCGUCAGACGGGGAUGCUGACAGGCGCUCUGAGGCAAAAGGUGGGGCUGCAGCUGAUAGAGAUCCCAGCAGUCUCCGAGCUGCCGGAGAGCUGGAGGAUCGAAGACGUCGCCGUGAUCCAAGGCGACACGGCACUCAUCACACGACCCCUCAAACAGCAGAGACGCGCUGAGGCGGAGGCUGUGCGGCGCGUCCUGAGCGAGCUGAAGCUGACGGUGGUGGAGAUGGGUGAUGAGGAGGGCGGGUCUGGUGGAGCCACUCUAGAAGGAAGUGAUGUCCUCUUCACUGGAAAAGAGUUCUUUGUGGGCAUUUCGAAACACACCAAUCACCGUGGGGCAGAAGUUUUGGCAGACACCUUCAAGGACUUUGCGGUGUCCACUGUGCCAGUGUGUGGAGGCUCUCGUCUGAAGAACAUCUGCUCCAUGGGCGGCCCCGACUCUAUUAUCAUUAGCAGCAGCGAUGGGGCCAAGAAAACACUCCGAGUGAUGGAGCAGCUGACUGACCAUCACUAUGAGAUCUUGUCUGUACCUGAGGAUGCCGCUGCUAACUGCAUUUACAUCAGAGGUCCUGCUAAAGUGGACUUCCUCCUGCACCCCACAGCGGAGGAGUGUCCCAACAGUAUUCCUGCUUUCCAGCGUUUGACAGACUACACCCUCCUGCCCACCUCCUGCAGCGAAGCCUCCAAACUCGGGGCGGCACUGUCCUCCCUUUGCCUACUUAUCAACAAGAAACCCAACUAUUAAGACACUGUAGUACAAUCAUUGCAUAAUCAUAUUUACAUUGUUUUCUUAUGCAUUCACUUCAGUCUGAGGUUUGAGGGGGAGAAAUGGCCCAGUUAGAACUGGUUUGAUAUUGUCUGCAACUAUCCACUUGUUUCUCUUAUGCUUUCCUUCCCUAGCUCAGCUGCAGUUUGUUUGGAGUUUUAGAAUGGAAACACAUUAUGAGAGUAUUAUAAUAAAUGGCCUUGAAAUAAACGACCUUCACUCACAGUGACACUGAGGGGUUAAAGUGAUAAAAAUAAAUUCUUUUGCUCUUUA